AUGAAAACUAUUGCACUACUCACUGACUUUGGAUAUGGAGAAUAUGUUGGAAUUAUGAAAGGAGUUAUUGCAAACCAUUGUCCAUGUUUAGUUAAUGUUAUUGAUAUUAGCCAUGACAUUUAUCCACAAAGUAUUUUACAAGCCUCAUGGAUUUUAAGUACUGCUAUUCCUUAUUUUCCAGAUAACACAGUGUUUGUUGCUGUUGUUGAUCCAGGAGUAGGUGGAGAUAGGAAUGCAGUAUUAAUUAAAACGAAAACCAUUACAUUAAUUGGACCAAAUAAUGGUAUUUUUACUCAUUCAUUACAACGUUGUAACUUAGAAAUAGAACAUGUUUAUGUUUUAAAUGUUCAAAACGCAUCAUCAACUUUUCAUGGAAGAGAUGUCUUUUCAUUAAAUGCUGCUCGAUUUGUUUUUGAUGGUUCAAUUAAUGGAAUCGAGUCUAAUGAAAAAAUAUAUCAAUUUCCUUUAGUCAAAACAAAAAAUAUUGUUACUAUUGUCUCUAUUGACCAUUUUGGAAAUAUUAUUUCUGAUCAAGAAGGUGAUUACAAUUCAAUUCAAUACAUUCAAACUCAGAAUAAAAGAGAACCAAUUCAUUUUGUUUGUACUUAUGAAGAAGGUGCAAAAAAAGGAUAUUUUCUCAUUGGAUUAAUUGGAAGUAAUAAAACCUUUGAAAUAUCAAUUGUAAAUGGAAAUGCUCAACACUAUCUUAAUGUUCAUAUUGGGGAUCAAAUAAAAUUAAUCUUUUAG